ACCAUCCUCUCCUACUCUUUCUCACCUGUCUCUUUCUCCCGCUCUGACUCUUUCUCCUCUCUGUCACUCACAUCCUCUCCUACUCUUUCUCCUCUCUGUCACUCACCAUCCUCUCCUACUCUUUCUCCUCUCUGUCACUCACCAUCCUCUCCUACUCUUUCUCCUCUCUGUCACUCACCAUCUUCUCCUACUCUUUCUCCUCUCUGUCACUCACCAUCCUCUCCUACUCUUUCUCCUCUCUCACUCACCAUCUUCUCCUACUCUUUCUCCUCUCUGUCACUCACCAUCCUAUCCUCUCCUACUCUUUCUCCUCUCUGUCACUCACCAUCCUCUCCUACUCUUUCUCACCUGUCUCUUUCUCACCUGUCUCUUUCUCCCGCUCUGACUCUUUCUCCUCUCUGUCACUAUAGCAGCACCAGCGAUAUCCAACUGUGACUGGAAUUCUGAAGUCUGUAGACGAUGUUAAUAAUACUCUAUUGCAGUGCUUGACUUGGACAGGAACUCACUGGGGCUGAGUUCCAGCACCUCUUAUAGAAUAUUAGCUCAAAAGUAUGAUGGAGCUCCUGCACCUAAAUACAAACAGUUCUGGCACCUAUUUCAGACCAAGGCCAGCACUGUUCUAUUACAGUAGUUCUGCUUCAACAAAAUGGAUGCCUAAUGUUUAAGAUUAGCUGAAUCGUAGUUUAGAGAAAUGGUCAAUGGAAGAUAUAGAUAUUGGCUUAAGUCAACGAAACAGGCCACUUAAAACCAGUUUCAGUCCUUACUCUGGAUCUGAAAACUCCAAUGGCAUUAAUUCAAAGAUGGGAUACUUUGAUACCAAUAGCUACUUAGGUUUAUGAUACUUUGAUACCAAUAGCUACUUAGGGUUAUGAUACCUUGAUACCAAUAGCUACUUAGGGUUAUGAUACCUUGAUAACAAUAGCUACUUAGGGUUAUUAUGUGACAUCUGAAUUACUUUAUUUAUUAUUUACCUGAGUUAAAUGUGAUACCAGAGGCCUCAACAUGCUCAGCCACAGGAGCUGUUCUGUCACGCCGUUAGAGGACACUAAUGUCCCUUUUCCACCGAGGGGUUGUGGAGAGGGUCAGGGGACUGUAAUUGAAGUGACGUUGCAGUGUUAAUUAAGUGUGCGUGAGAAAUGUGGCCUUCUUUAUGUUAGCUUGCUGUGUGACGAGAGAGGAGAGGUUGUUGUUGAAAUGAGGCCUUCUUUAUGUUAGCUUGCUGUGUGACUGAGAGAGGAGAGGUUGUUGUUGAAAUGAGGCCUUUAUGUUAGCUUGCUGUGUGAUGAGAGAGGAGAGGUUGUUGUUGAAAUGAGGCCUUCUUUAUGUUAGCUUGCUGUGUGACUGAGAGGAGAGGUUGUUGUUGAAAUGUGGCCUUCUUUAUGUUAGCUUGCUGUGUGACUGAGAGGAGAGGUUGUUGUUGAAAUGAGGCCUUCUUUAUGUUAGCUUGCUGUGUGACGAGAGGUUGUUGUUGAAAUGUGGCCUUUAUGUUAGCUUGCUGUGUGACUGAGAGGAGAGGUCUUGUUAUGGGCUGGCUUGGUGUUGUGGGGAACUCUCAGGGCAUGUUCAUCUUGUUAUGGGCUGGCUUGAUGUUGUGGGGAACUCUCAGGGCAUGUUCGUCUUGUUAUGGGCUGGCUUGGUGUUGUGGGGACUCUCAGGGCAUGUUCAUCUUGUUAUGGGCUGGCUUGGUGAUGUGGGGAACUCUCAGGGCAUGUUCAUCUUGUUAUGGGCUGGCUUGGUGUUGUGGGAACUCUCAGGGCAUGUUCAUCUUGUUAUGGGCUGGCUUGGUGUUGUGGGGACUCUCAGGGCAUGUUCAUCUUGUUAUGGGCUGGCUUGGUGUUGUGGGGAACUCUCAGGGCAUGUUCAUCUUGUUAUGGGCUGGCUUGGUGUUGUGGGGAACUCUCAGGGCAUGUUCAUCUUGUUAUGGGCUGGCUUGGUGUUGUGGGGACUCUCAGGGCAUGUUCAUCUUGUUAUGGGCUGGCUUGGUGUUGUGGGGAACUCUCAGGGCAUGUUCAUCUUGUUAUGGGCUGGCUUGGUGUUGUGGGAACUCUCAGGGCAUGUUCAUCUUGUUAUGGGCUGGCUUGGUGUUGUGGGGAACUCUCAGGGCAUGUUCAUCUUGUUAUGGGCUGGCUUGGUGUUGUGGGGAACUCUCAGGGCAUGUUCAUCUUGUUAUGGGCUGGCUUGGUGUUGUGGGGAACUCUCAGGGCAUGUUCAUCUUGUUAUGGGCUGGCUUGGUGUUGUGGGGAACUCUCAGGGCAUGUUCAUCUUGUUAUGGGCUGGCUUGGUGUUGUGGGGAACUCUCAGGGCAUGUUCAUCUUGUUAUGGGUUGGCUUGGUGUUGUGGGAACUCUCAGGGCAUGUUCAUCUUGUUAUGGGUUGGCUUGGUGUUGUGGGGACUCUCAGGGCAUGUUCAUCUUGUUAUGGGCUGGCUUGGUGUUGUGGGGAACUCUCAGGGCAUGUUCAUCUUGUUAUAGGCUGGCUUGGUGUUGUGGGAACUCUCAGGGCAUGUUCAUCUUGUUAUGGGCUGGCUUGGUGUUGUGGGGAACUCUCAGGGCAUGUUCAUCUUGUUAUGGGCUGGCUUGGUGUUGUGGGGAACUCUCAGGGCAUGUUCAUCUUGUUAUAGGCUGGCUUGUUGUUGUGGGAACUCUCAGGGCAUGUUCAUCUUGUUAUGGGCUGGCUUGGUGAUGUGGGGAACUCUCAGGGCAUGUUCAUCUUGUUAUAGGCUGGCUUGGUGUUGUGGGGACUCUCAGGGCAUGUUCAUCUUGUUAUAGGCUGGCUUGGUGUUGUGGGAACUCUCAGGGCAUGUUCAUCUUGUUAUGGGCUGGCUUGGUGUUGUGGGAACUCUCAGGGCAUGUUCAUCUUGUUAUGGGCUGGCUUGGUGUUGUGGGGAACUCUCAGGGCAUGUUCAUCUUGUUAUGGGCUGGCUUGGUGUUGUGGGGAACUCUCAGGGCAUGUUCAUCUUGUUAUGGGCUGGCUU